GCGCCCCCGUUACUUCCGGUAGUGACGUUGUGCCGCGAGCUUGUUGGUGAUGCGCAGCGCGUGAAUUUUCAGAGCAGAAAGACCGAAGAUCAAAAGGCGCCGCCAAGCUGCAGAGGAGACCAUGACGCCCUUCAUCCUCCUCCCACUGGCCAGCCUCUUCCUCGCCCUCCUGAGUCCAGCGGCUCCUCAGACCACCAGUCCUGCGGUGGAAGACCUCAUCAAGAGGAACGCAGACUUUGGAGCCCAGCUGUACCGAGCCGUCGCGAGCCGCACCGAUGAAAAUGUCUUUCUGUCUCCACUCUCGGUGUUUGCAGGAAUGUUAGCGUUGCUGAGUGGUACCAGCGGUCCCGCCCAGAACGAGCUGCUGCAGGGACUCCGUCUGGCUGGACUGGACCCCCAGACUCUGCCGGAUGUGUUCCAGAGUCUGAGGGACGCGGUUCUUCAGACGAAUCCGCCCAUGAACCUUCAGCAGGGCGUGGCCGUCUUCCCAGACCAGAGUUUCCAGGUGCCUGCAUCCUACCGGGAUCUGGUUCAGACUAAAUUAGGUGCAAAGACUCAGAGUCUGUCCUACACCAGCUCAGCUGAUGCCGUUGAUGCCAUCAACAUCUGGGUCCUGGAGCAGUCCACAUACCGGUUCCAGAAUGUUCUGACCACCCUGGACCGCCAGACCCAGCUGCUGGUCGUCUCCGCUGCUUCCUACCAGCCCCGCUUCAGUCCGACCUUCAACUCCACGCUCACUCAGAACGAGCGAUUCUACGUGGACAAGUACCACGUGGUCAUGGUUCCCAUGAUGCUACGGGCCGAUAAGUACUUCCUGGCGUACGACCGCUCUGUGAAGGCAGGCGUGCUGAAGCUGCCCAUGGAGGACGGAGCCGCCAUGUUGGUGGUGCUUCCAGAUGAAGACGUUGACGUGACAGCCGUGGAGGAGGAAGUGACAUCGGACAAGAUCCGAGCCUGGAUUGGUCAGCUGAAGAAGACGAAACUGGAAGUCCAGCUUCCUCGCUUCCUGCUGGAGCGGUCCUACUCUCUGAGAGACAUCCUCCAGACCCUGGACAUCACUCAGGUGUUUCAGGAUGCUGAUCUCAGCAGCAUGGGCGGAGCUACAGGGUCCAAUCUGUCUCAGGUUUAUCACAUAUCUGCCCUCUUCGUGGAUGAGAGCAGUGAUGACAGCAGCUCAGGAGGCGGGGCCACCGUGUUCUCCUCACCUCAGCCGCGGCUCACCUUCAACAGACCCUUCAUCUUCAUCAUCUACCAGCAGUCCACUGGCAGCCUCCUCUUCAUGGGCCGAGUAACGAACCCUAUGGAGAAAUGAAGCCCCGCCCUCCUCGUUACUCCCACCCCCACCCACCUGUUGCAUCAUCACACCUUUAGAAGCAGGUUCUAGCGUUGCUUACCGUAGUUUUUGGACUAUACGUCUUACUUUUGUUGAUUGUUUGGCCGAUCCUGCGACUUAUAUAUCAAUUUUAAAUGGUCCAACAUGAACCAAGAAGCAGUAAACAUUACUGUCUAUAGCCACAAGAGG